AUGCCGAGCGUGUCGUUACAAGAAAUGCGUGCAACUGCUAACGUUCUUUUUAUCUCAGAAAUACGUGGACGAGCGGAUAAUUCAUCGCCUAAUGCUCUUCCAGAAGUGGAUGAUGACAUCGCCCCUUGCUCUUCUUCAUCUAACGGACAAGUCUAUCUAAGACUUAACGUAGAAAAUGCAGUUUCUUUGCCGAGUGAAUUUUCUGUGCUUGACGAGGCCGAGCAGCUGGUCAACCUCUAUAUGAAUCUCGAUAGGUUUUGUGAAAGUACGUCUGUGAAUUCGCCCGAUGUGACUACAACUGAAGAGGAUGCCCUAAUCACGCUUAUGCUUGAUUCAACAGUCAGAGAACUCAUCGAAAAGACAUGUCCUCAAUGCCCUAGAUUUGCGGCUUUGCAUCUCACUUCUUCUCCUCAAAAUAGCAUGGCAUUACUCGAGAGUUACGCGGUUGUCUGA